AAAGCUUAAAAAAGCAAAAGAAAUAAAUCAGAUAAACCCUAAUCUCAUAAUUGGCGGCAAAAAUCUUUGGUUUUACUUGACACCCACAUCAAAUUUCGUAUUGUUACUCCCAGGAUUUGGUUGAAGUUGAAUUAUUCUUGAACGGUGUGCUUUGCUAAUGCCAACACAUUCAAUGCUAUUCCGAAGGCUCUGCUUCUCUAUUUCAAAAUCCUACCACAAGCCUUUUUUCCUUUCCCCAAUAUUCACGAACCCUUUCGGUGAUUCGCGCUCUUGUCCGAUACAUCCGUCGAAUUCCAAGACCCAAAGAUUAGGGUUCCAAAGAAAAGUCUCGGUAAAUUCACAUAGCUUUGUUUCAGAAAACACCACAAAUUCCAUAAUGGAUGACCCGAAGACGCCCACAGUGGUGCCAAUUCCACACCCUGAUUAUGCGGGCCGGGCCGAAGUUUUUCGGGCCCUGGAAGCCUCCUUGGGCUCAGCAUUUAGCUCUCAACCCAUAGUCCCGGCCCCGAACCCUCUGAUCAUUGUGAUCAGCGGUCCUAGUGGUGUAGGAAAAGAUGCUGUGAUCAAAAGAUUGAGGGAAGUUAGGGAAGAGUUGCAUUUUGUGGUUACUGCAACUAGCCGGGCGAAAAGGCCUGGAGAAGUUGAUGGUAAAGAUUACUUCUUUAUGAGCAAAGAGGAGUUUUUAUCAAUGAUUGAGAAAAAUGAGCUCUUGGAGUAUGCAUUGGUGUAUGGUGAUUAUAAGGGAAUUCCAAAGCAGCAGAUUAGGGAGUACAUGGCAAAAGGGUGUGACAUUGUGUUGAGAGUGGAUAUACAGGGUGCUGCAACACUGAGAAGGAUCUUGAGAAAUAGUGCAGUUUUUGUGUUUUUGGUGGCCGAGAGCGAGGAGGCUCUGGUGAAGAGAUUGAUUGAUAGGAAAACGGAGACGACAGAGGCUUUGCUCAUGAGGGUUGCGUCAGCUAAGGAAGAGCUGAAGCAUUUGAAGGAGUUUGAUUAUGUGGUUGUGAAUAAAGAAGGUGACUUGGAGGGCUCGGUGAAGCUGUUGGAGUCCAUUAUUGAUGCCGAGAAGGCUAAAGUGCAGCAGAGGAUUGCAGUGAUUUAGAUAAACGCCAGGAUGCACCACUCUUCAUAAAAUGAAAGACCAUUAACUGACAUCUUGGAAAUAUGUGCAUCAAACGAAGAAAACCCGGUGAAACACGCAUAUUGGGAGAUGCACAGGAAUCGCCACUGAGUUCACCAGGGAUUGUAAGCAGUUGUGAUGCAUUAGAUUGAAGUUCUGCAAGAAAAACAUUGUUCUUGAUGGUGGGAGUCUCAUUCUUCAUUUUUUUUGGAUACAGUUGAUUUGUGUUUAAAAUCGCGACUUCUUGAUAUAACACAUAAAGAAAAACUAUGGCACAGAUCAAAGUUUGAUGCCUUUUGAGUUCUAUGGCCAGUCCUGAACUGCAUGCAUACUGCCUAAUUGUAACCUAGGUGUCAUGAUUUGGACUGGACGCCACCCGAUUUUAAUGUUUUAUAUUAAUGAGACAGAAAAAAAGAAAUAUUGACACUUGCAUGAAA